AUGUGGAACAAACAUUCUUUCUUUUGCUUUUUACUUCUGGCUAUGACAACAUACCAGAUAGUAUAUGGGCAAAACAGAAAGAAAGGAAAAAAAUCUAAUUCUCUUGUGCAAAACGAUGAGGGUGAUAUGUGUCUAAUUGAUAUAGUCUUUAUCUUGGACAGUUCAGAAAGUGCCAAAAAUCAGUUGUUUAAUUUACAGAAGAAUUUUAUUCAAAACUUAACUGACAACAUUUUCCAGAUGAAACCAGUUAAAUCUCAGAAGUACAAUAUCAGACUAGCAGGUAUGCAGUUCAGCAGCACAGUCAGCAUUGAUCUUCCCUUUACAGCAUGGAAAAAUGUGCAGAAUUUUAAAGAGAAAAUCAAGGCUCUGGGCUUCAUUGGCCAUGGAACCUACUCCUAUUAUGCAAUUUCCAAUGCCACACAGCUGCUUAAAACUGAAGGUCGUAAAAGAAGUACAAAAGUGGCUUUUUUGAUGACUGAUGGUGUGGAUCAUCCAAACAGCCCUAAUAUCCAGGGUAUAGCUGCAGCAGCUAGGAGUCUUGGAAUAUAUUUUUUCACCAUUGGCCUUUCUAAGAAAAAUGUUCAAGAAGAAAAAUUGCGUAUGAUAUCUGGUGAUUCAUCUUCUAAACAAGUCUUAUGCCUGGAUGAUAAUAACUUGAUAGAUGAUGUAGCAUCAGAGCUGGAAGCCUUACUUCAGAAGCAGUGUAUGCAGAAGAACUGUGUGUGUGAAAAGGGAAUAAAAGGAGACAAAGGUGAUUCUGGCAGUGCUGGAAACAGGGGGGAAAAAGGUGAGCCUGGACCAAAAGGAAACAAGGGUGAUGCUCAAAAAGGAGAUCAUGGAGAAAAAGGUGAAGAGGGAGCUCCUGGCUAUAAGGGUGAAAAGGGUGAAAGAGGGGAAUGUGGAUCCCCAGGAAUAAAAGGCGAAAGAGGAUUGGAAGGUCCUUUUGGCCCAAGGGGACCUCAGGGACCUCAGGGUGUCAGUGGACCUCCAGGUGAGCCAGGCUUGAAGGGCAUUCAAGGCAGCAAGGGAGAACAAGGUCCUAUAGGUCCCUAUGGUCCGCCAGGACUCCCUGGUGUUGGACAGCCAGGACCCAAGGGUGCUCCAGGUCGAGAAGGUAAAAUUGGAUUCCCAGGACCUCCUGGAACUGGUGAGCCAGGAUUACCUGGACCACGUGGCCCUGAUGGUCUGCCAGGUGAGAAAGGUCUACCAGGAGAGGGCAUUCAAGGACAAAAGGGUGAAAAAGGCUCUGAAGGUGUAGCUGGUCCAACUGGACUGCCAGGUCAAUCAAUCAAAGGUGACAAGGGUGAACAAGGCCAAGUAGGACCACAGGGCCCAGCAGGACCACCAGGAAUAGGCAAUCCAGGAAGCCAGGGUGUACAGGGUCCACAAGGAAAUCCUGGGGCAAAAGGAUCCAAAGGUUUUGGUCUGCCAGGUCCAAAGGGUCAACAAGGUGAACGUGGACAAAAAGGAGAACCAGGACUCCCAGCAACUGGAUUACGAGGACUUAAAGGAGAUAUAGGUCCAUCAGGAGUCCCAGGAGAGAGAGGGAUGCAGGGAGACCCUGGAAAGGCAGGGAAAAAGGGUGACCCAGGAGAAAAAGGAUCCCAAGGACUGAUUGGUUAUAAAGGAGUACAAGGCCCAGCUGGACCAAAAGGUGAACCAGGAGAGAGAGGGCCACCUGGAGUUGCUGGAUCAUCUAUUCAGGGGCCACCUGGACCAAAGGGAGAACCCGGACCCAAGGGGCCACCAGGAGAUGACGGGCUUCCCGGAAAUUCAAUAAUGGGACCAAUGGGUAACCAGGGCUUGCCUGGACUACCUGGACCCCGUGGAGCAAAAGGUGAUGGCCAUAAAGGUGAAGCUGGACCUCCAGGACCCGCAGGCCCUCCAGGACCAGCAGGCCCAAAAGGUGUGGGAGAUCCUGGACCAAAGGGAGACCGUGGAAUGAAAGGCUAUCCUGGGCCUCCCGGGCCGCGGGGGAGCGGAACGGUUGGUCCCAAGGGUAUUAUGGGACAGAAAGGCUUGCCUGGUCCACCUGGCCCCCCUGGUGAGAGCAUACAAGGAGACAAGGGAGAAAAAGGAAAUCAAGGCUUUCCUGGACCAAAGGGUUCAAUAGGAAUUGGUAUUCCUGGACCAAAGGGAGACUAUGGAGACAAAGGUGAUCCAGGAAGCAAAGGUGCCAAAGGAGAGAUGGGAGAUCCAGGACCUCCAGGACCAAAAGGAAUUUGGGGAAGAAAAGGUGAACCUGGUCUUUCGAGAGAAGAAGUUAUCAGACUUAUCAGUGAAAUAUGUGGUUGUGGUAUCAGAUGCAGAGUAACACCGCUGGAACUAGUAUUUGUCAUUGACAGUUCAGAAAGUGUUGGACCAGAUAAUUUCAAUAUUAUCAAAACUUUUAUGAAAACAGUCAUUGACAAGGUUUCAGCCAACCAUGCUACAACUCGCAUUGGGAUUAUCAACUUCAGCCAUAGAGUGGAGUUGGUGUCUUCUCUGAAUCAAUACACAACCAAAGAACACCUGAAAUCUGCUGUUGAUAAAAUGCCCUACUUAGGAGAAGGCACAUACACAGCUUCUGCCAUUGAAGAAGCUAUUAAGUUAUUUCAGGCAGCACGCCCAGCAGUGAGAAAAGUUGCUGUGGUAAUAACGGAUGGACAAGCAGACAGUCGUGACAAAGUACAACUGGAUGUGGUGGUAAGGGAGGCCCAUGCUACAAAUAUUGAGAUAUUUGUCAUUGGGAUUGUUCAAAAGACUGAUCUCCACUACAAGGAUUUUCUGAAAGAAAUGCACCUCAUUGCAACAGACCCUAAUGAAGAACAUGUUUACGAGAUAGAUGACUUCAUGACACUUUCAGCUCUUGAAAAUAAACUCUUCACAAAAAUUUGUGAUAAUGUAUCUGAAGUCUACACCAGAAAAGAAGAUGUUCUAUCUCCAUCUCCAAGCCCAGAAUCUGAAAUACCCACUGAAGUUAGUCAGUUACCUAGAAUGACGACUUCAGAGACUUAUAUGCCCCCUACAGAAGGAACUGGUUACCCACUUAGUCCGCCACAGACCAGAUAUACUGAGGCGCUGCCAUCUGCUCAGGAUCACACUGUGACCACUUCUGUUCAUAGAGAAUCAAAAUUCCCCCCACUUUAUGACGUAGUUGAAUCCAGACCCCACAGUCCAGUUGCCAAUCCUUUGCUCAAUGUAACCUAUGCUGAAGAUCGCCGCCUAACAGUGUUGCAACCACAGGUAGCAUCAACUCAAAAAGAUCCAAGGUGCUUGGAACCUAUGAAACCAGGGGAUUGUCGAGACUACGUGGUAAAAUGGUAUUAUGACAAAAAUGGCAAUUCUUGUGGCCGGUUCUGGUACGGAGGUUGUAAUGGUAACAACAAUAGAUUUGAAACAGAUGAAGAAUGUCGAGAAACCUGCAUUGAUGAAUAAAAAUGACUGCCAUUUGGAGUUUUUAAAGCUGGGAGUUCAUGUCUAUUGAGGAUGAAAUGGCUGAGAAGAAUCCAAAACCUGUGUGAACAUGAAUAU